AUGGAUACCGCUGUAAAAGAAGCAAUGUCGUCAAAGGAUUGUGUCUCGUUAAAGACACAAUGUCAGUCUUCUAUGGACCAGGAAACAGGACGGUCAGAGGAGCACGCCUUGUCUGCCGGUGUGAUUCGACUUCCGCGCGACGUGAGCUCCAGUUUUUUUAUUUAUCAUCUUCGAGAAAGCCAUGGGCUACAGAUUGCACUUAGCCUAGAUGGUGUGUUUGCUGCUUUUCUUUUGAUAAAAUAUGACGCUUUAAAUAACUGGAAAGUUUCAAUGUGGGUACUCAUUUUACUAGUGAUCAGUUUUCUUAUUAUAUGCGAACUUGACGUGUGUUGUUAUUACGGUGUCGUCCACAAGGAGUCCAAAAUAAAAUUACUUGAAGAGGUUGUCAAGCAACGUCCUGGACUGGAUCCGGUUGUGUGGGAUUUGAUUGCAUUCAACGUCAACCAGUUCAUGUACGAGAAACACCUUUUCCCUUGGGCGUCCUAUUUUUUUGACGGCAGAGGCUCCCGAGGCUAUUUUGAGAAGGCAUUUGUGAAACGAAUCGCACGUCUUAAUGCCGAAAAUAGGCGUGCGCUGAGAAGUGCAGACGAACUGAUGACAUGCGAUCAGGCCUUUUAUUUUGAUGAUUUGGUAGGCAUCGGCAGUAUUACAGUCGAGGCGGUAGAAGUGUACAUAACAAGCAUCAAAGACAGAUGGAUGCUAGCAACCGAUGUGUCGUUUCCGGAUGCGAACCCGAGGAACAGUUGUGUAUAA